AGUGACGGCAGUCGGCAGUCGUCAGUUGACGUGAACGGUGGUGGUUCGUGGGUGAGCAAGUGAGUCAGGGACCGCAGAAUGAAAAUGGCGUAGCGGCCAGCGGAGUGUCGCAAUCCGAACUCUCCAGUACGCCCCGGAAAACAAUUCACAAGGAUCCCAGCAAGUCAAAAAAAGUCCGGAAGUGACCCUAGUUUAGAAAAAAAAAUUCCCAACAGAAAGUGCAAUAAAGGUGACUGGCGAGUACAGAAUCAAAUCGUUAAUGAUCAGUGAGCAGUGAGUGCCUGUGUCGGUGGCUACUGGUAGCGCGAUUUGACAGCGAGUUUGCAAUUUCGCUUGACUGCCUUUAAAUCGUCACGAGUGUCCGUUUUCACAGUCACGCAUAGUGCCGAAUUCUUUGGGAUAGAUUAUUCUCUGUAAAAAUGAUGGGUUCGCGCGCGGAAAGUCGGAAAUUUGCCCUCGUGACAGCUUGACGACCUUGUUAUAGGCGUAAGAUGGCGCCACCGGUGUUUUGACAUAUCCCCACGAGCAUCAGCUGGAUUUUACAACAUUUUUCGACUUUAUUUAUUAUGAGCAGAGAAUUCUACGUUCCUUGCACACCCUACGCAUAUCCGUGCAACAGUGGGUCGACGGAAGGCGUCGUGGUGAGCGGAGGUGGUGGCAUGGACUGCAUGCCCCUGCGACCUGGACCGUUUCAGUACCUGAUCAGCGAGCAGGCAAAGUCCCUGGUUGCCCUACAGGAGCUACAGAAUGAGGUCGGCGCCCUCCUCGAGUUCCGGGAUCUCGUCAUCGAGACGUUCCCAAACCUCCGGCACAAGAUGGCCGCGUCGGCGUCCGCGUCCGCGUCCGUUUCCGCUUCCGUGAUGGCCUCCUCCCAGAGCUCGCACAUUCCAUUGCCGCUCUCGAGUCCAUCCUCGCGGAGGAUCAGCGAAUGGGAGCCAGGGAAGGUCAGGAGACGCGUGCCAAGGGAAGCGGAGCCGUCGUCCUCGUUACCGAGGAGUCGCAGCAACUCCCACAGCGGCGGCAACAAGAACAGCGCCACCGUCCAGGACUCGGGCUUCAGCACGGAGACCUCCUCGAAGGACAGCGCCUCCACGGCGAUUCCACGGCCACCCAGUCCGCGACCAGUCCUGGACGAGGCCGAGGACGAGCUCUGGAACCUGCUGGACGUCAUACACAGGAAGGGAAUAAGACUGCGGGAGGAGGUCGAGUGUCUUCAGGGUAGGCUGGAGAGCGUCGCCCCGGAGGAGCUGGAGAUCUCGACGGAUGUCCUGGAGGCUGUGAAAAAGGUCACGCGACCUGGCGCAACGACAGGUGAGAGCGUCGGGAGUAUCGUUGACGAGGAUGCUCAGGUCGAGGUGCUGCGACGGGAGAAGGAGCAGCUUUUGGAUAAGGUAGCCGAAUUGGAGGCUGAAACGAUAUCGAGUCGCGCACGGGCGCAGGAGCUGCAGUCGGAGUUGGCUGAUCUCUCGGCGAUCAGAAAUGGCUUGGAGGAUCGUCUGCGUGCUGGUCUUGACUCCAAGACGGAGAUUCAUGUUCCUGGACCUCAGAGGAUACAGCCCGUGGCUCCUACGCUCCUGUCUUCGCCCAAGGGUAGCGUGAACAUACGGAGUAAAUCGUCUGCCUUCGCCUCUGUCGUCUCUAGUAAAGCUCACAAGAGUAGAUUUAGGACCAGGACCAUUGAGAAAAAUGUGCUUGCUACUCUCGCGCAGCCUAAUGAUCUUGAUGUCGAUCUUGAGGCCAGUGUCAACGAGAGGAGAGCAAGACUGGGUGCACUUGAUUCCGUAUUGGUGUCUCCUAAGAGAGUCACUCACGUGAAAGAUGUUGACUCUACGAAAAUCGCGGCCAUCUUGCGGGAGCAUUCGCCUUUGGAACUUCAAAGACACCUCAUCACUGCAACCGUCCAUAAUCAGGUCCUACAGAAGAGAUUGGACGAGGUCCAGAAAAGUUCAGAAAGUCUCUCGGAACGCUUGGACAAGGCAAUAGAUGAAAAUGACGACCUGCGCUUCCAAUUGGAAGAACGAAAAAUUGAACUGGAAGGUACCAAAGCGAGAGUGCGAGUCCUGGAAAGACUUCAGCAAAGACCGCCAACGGAAGCUGAUCCAGAGGUGGAAAGUGAACAGCCGAGAUGCGAACAAAGUGGUCCGGAGCCAGGAAGCAGUACGGAAUCUGCUCGAGAUCAUCACCAGGCAAUGGAGGUGAAACCAUCUCCCCGACGUCGUCCUAGUCGAAUACCUCUACCCGGGGCGAAGCCAGCAGCCCCGAAGCCGCCUACCCACGGGAGGAACGACAGUAGAGAAUCAUUGAAGUCACUGACGAGAUCGUGCCGGGAUUCUAGUCGCGAUAGCCUCGGAGGGAAGUCCCUGUCGAAGGCGCGGGACUCCAGUAGGGAGUCCCUGAACAAGAGCCUCCCAAAAAGUAACAAGGAGGCGAGUCGGGAGUCCCUGAACAAGUCGUUGCCGCGUAACAAUUCCAGCCGAGACUCCUUAAACAAAUCCUCCUCGCUGUCCCGCACGCGAGACUCGCUGGAGUCCACUAACCUGGGGCCUCCCCCGGGAACUCCUCCUCGGCGACCACCUGCUCCUGCUCGUCGAUCCCACAGUCUGGCCCGAGCCUCCGUCGAUACUGACACCGGCAAGGGUCUCACCGAUCCACCAAGUUCCUGGUGCUCGACCAGCGGCAGCUUCCGGCACAGCGACUCCUCUCUGUAUCCGGACUCUCUCAACCAGGAGACGUCGUCCGUCACCGGCUCCACCCGUGUCGAAUUUAUUCUUGGCUCACCGACAAGAAGAUUUCGCACCAGCUCCGCAUGGCCGCCACGUUACUUCGACAGCAUCGAUUCAGCCGCCGUCGUUGCCGAGAGUCUACUCACCGAUGAAUUUCCACCUGGGAGAGGCGAAGCGCUCGCCGAAUGCGAUUCGCUUGACAGUCGUCAUCCGAUUUCCAGCGACGGCUGAGGUUGCGUACUGAUGAGGAGGGACGUCGUCGAGAUACCUUCGGUCGGUCGGAUCAGUUCUCAUGAAAGUUUUCGACUGCCGAGAUCGUCUCGUGCGGAUUGUAACGUGGACGACUGGGAAGAGGGCAGUAACUGCUUACUGAUUCUCUUAGCCGCUUUAUCUGUAACUGCGUGCGUCACUCUUUUCUUCUGUUUUGCGUAAUUAUGGAAUAACGAAAAUGCGCCCGGGACGUCGAACAUACACGUGAUGCGUGUCCAAUGGAAUUAUGCGGUUUUUUUAUUAUAAGUUUCUAGACCUUCCACUCGUUCUUGCGGCUCGUCUCGGACGGCUGAGAUUUGUGACGAGUUAUUUUAUUAGAUUUUAGGGAAUUACGGAAAUAAGGAUUAACGAGGGGGCAGCGGGAACGACCAUUUGAAUGAUACUGUCAGUGGGGAUUGGUCUUUUGGAAUUUUUUGAAAUUUCACUUGAAACGUGUGUAAGCAUCAUUUAUAUGCAUUUUUUCUUGGCUGUACAGACCAAUCACUUUUCUAUCAUUCGCGUACGAUUGAGGUACCGUUAUCGAGGGCUCUAGAAUUCAUUGUUACAGCACUGAAAAUUAUGUAAUAUUAUAAACUCGUGUUUGUUAUUAUUAUUACCACGAUACAAUCGUACGUGGUCAUCAUUGCCCGAGAUUCUCAUCUGGUUCGUCUUUCGAUAAUAUCGUGAUAACUUUGUCCAAAGGAGAAUGUCGUAAGAGUCGUAAACAAAAAGCGUACGAAUGAAUUUUCACUAUUGUCCCAGCGAGUGCAACGUUAAUCAUCGAGACGAGUGAAGAAAACGGGGAAAAGGGAAUAGAUGCCUAAAUAAUUUUUAUAAUUCUUUUCUGGGUAGAUCGAAAGUGUGCAGAGGACAAGUAUGAGAGAAAUGAGAAAAAAAGAUUGAUAAAGUGCGCAUGCGCUCGAGCAUACUGUGUGCGUGUGUGUGUGUAAGCGUUUGUGUACGUAAUAACGUGAACUAUAGCCGUCCACGUCCAUUUUCAAAAAAUUAUAUUUACACAAAAAAACGCAUCCAACUCUGCGUCAGUUCAUUUCUAUUUUGAUGUCCUUUUUUUUUCUGUAUUUUCGUAUUAACAAAACUAACGUCAAGAAUGAGUUUGCCUCGCAAACUUCCAAUUACUUGGAACACGUUCGGUAGCUAAUUACUAUAUAAUUUUCGAAAAACAUUGUCUUAAUUUAUAUUUAAUUUAAUGUCUCGUGUCACUCUUUUUUUUUUACCCCGUGCUAGUUGUAUUGUCAAUAUUUUAAGGCUGUGUCCAUGUGUUGCGCGAUCUAUGGCCGGUAUGACAAACGGAUAAUAACUAUUUGGUAACGAGUCUGUAUUUCAUAUUUAUUACGUUUAUAGACGUCGGAAAUUUGACAAAAAAUUCAAAAAAAUCUUUACCGGCAACCUAAAACACAGCGAUCGCUGAGUAGCAGAUGGAACUACAGCCGCGACAAGUGAUUCAUUCCAUGUUACAUUUUUAAAAUGGUAACACCGUGUAUUCCGAUGAGCAUUUAUAUACUUUCUUACGUUAUUGUCGUCUGUUGUGAUUAUCGCCGUUCAAUUCAAUUAAUUUAUUAUUAAAUCGAUGAGCAAGCGUAUAGUCGUAUCUUAAAUGUUUGACUGUGUCUUGAGUGUGAAUGAUUUUGAGAAUUUUUUCAUUUUACAUCGUCGGCUGAAUCGAAUGAAUAUUGCAUGCAUGCCUUGUGUGAUUUUGUGCAUGAUUUUCGCAUGAGUCUUACACGAGUGUGCACAUAUCAAUGUGGGAAAAAUUAGGAUUUUUUGAUUUUGCAUUGAUAAGCUUAACAGCUCACAUCAAAACCCAUUGGUCCUGCUAAGUAUGGCUGAUGGAAAGAAGAAAAUUGCGAUAGCACUUUUUUCGCCUGUUCUUUUUCGAUCAUUUGUAUUUUUAAUUUUCUUCUUCUAUGUCCAAUUCACCAACUUAACUCUAACUUAAAGUGACUUUAGGGAGAUACUAUUAUAUACUACACAGUUCCUUGCUUCAACCAAUUUAUUAUUCGUAAUGAUAAUGACGAUGAUGAAAUUAAUCGCAAUCACAGAGUAACCUGUGAUCUAGUUGUAAAUCUAAAUAUGUGAUUAACGUAGCUAAGCUAAUAGGACUGAAGGACAUUACUUAUUAAGUUAGUGCCUGAUAUUCCUGAAUGCUGUGCGCAAACCAAAACCAUGGCGAACCAGUGGUUUUUGUUUGCCAACGUGCUGUUGUUUUUGUAAAAAGAAAAUAGAGAGAGAGAGAGAGAAAGAGAGAGAGAGAGAGAGAGAGAACAAGGGAUGGUUCGCGCAGCGAUGAAAAUGCUCAGAUAUUAAAAUUUUAUGCAGCCGGUGGACUCUGGUGCCCCCUGCAGCCUUAGCGCUGCCUACUGGAGGCUAUUAUUUUUAUAUGUUAAACUGCGAGUAAAAUAUCGAAAAUACGGUCUGAAAAUUGAAAAAGGCGAAUAAACCAGAUGCCCGAAAGAAAAAGUGGCCACUCACUUAUUAGCGAUUGCAUACUAUCAUUGUAUUAUAUUCUAUCUACUGUAGAGACGUAUUAUCGAUUGUGCGGUUAUUAUUUUGUUAAUUAAAUAAUAUACACGGACACCCAUAUACACGUACGGACACCUGUAAAUAAACGAAACUCGUGAAAUAUUUAAUUAGUUUUAAUGUACAUAAAUUAUAUGUAAUAAAAUGCGCGAAUAACGUGUUAAGAUUAAUAAACUGAAAUUACGUAAAUA